ACGAGGCCAUUCCAAUGCUGGUAGCUGCGCUUAAAGGACUGAAGGUCAUCCAUGUGGCGUGUGGGAGUGGGGACGCUCAAACCCUGGCUGUCACUGAGAACGGGCAAGUGUGGUCUUGGGGAGAUGGUGACUGUGGGAAAUUGGGCAGAGGUGGUAGUGAUGGCUGCAAAACCCCAAAGCUGAUUGAAAAGCUUCAGGACUUGGAUGUGGUCAGAGUCCGCUGUGGAAGUCAGUUUUCCAUUGCUUUGACGAAAGAUGGCCAAGUUUAUUCAUGGGGAAAAGGUGACAACCAGAGACUUGGACACGGACCAGAGGUACAUGUUCGUUAUCCAAAACUCUUAGAAGGCUUGCGAGGGAAGAAGGUGACUGAUGUGGCUGCCGGCUCCACCCACUGCCUGGCUCUGACUGAGGACAGCGAGGUCCACAGCUGGAGGAGCAACGGCCAGUGCCAGCACUUUGACACCUUGCACGUGACCAAGCCAGGACCUGCAGCAUUGCCGGGACUGGACACCAAACACACAGUGGGAAUUGCCUGUGGGCCUGCCCAGACCAGCAAGACUGAGGAGAAUGGCUCUGACAGCUUCAUGCACUCCAUGGGCCCACAGCUGGAGCAGCAAAUGGAGACCACUCAGAGCCUUGUGGACUCCUAUGUGGCCUUUGUCAACAAGACCGUGUGGGACUUCAUGACCAAGGAGUUCAUCAUCUUGGAGCUGCUGGCCACCCUGUACUCACAUGGAGACAAGAACAUGCUGAUGGAGGGGUCAGCAGAGUAGGCACAGCAGUGCAACGAGAUGCUGUGCAUGCACCAUGUACUGAGGGAGGCGCCCAGCAUCAUUGGCGAUAUCAACAUGACCACCAUCAGCACGCCCACGGGGGCCCGUGGAUGACUCCUGGCUGCAGGUGUAGAGCGUCCAAGCUGGACACAGGUACCAGGGCUGGCCCCCACAGCCCCAAGGCCCCCCAGCCCCCAUGGCUGAGCCUGUGAGCUCUUGGAACAGGCUCCAUGCCCAAGCUGGCAUACGUGGGUACUCUCUGGAGCUGUCAGAGAGGGCAGAGAGCUCAUGGUUUAUGGUGUAGGAGCUGGAAGCUUAGAGGGCAUUGUGUGUGGGGCUGGACUGUGAGGCGGCCAGAGGUCUAGGAACGUCAUCCUGGGCAUACUGUACCUGUUGUGCAGUCUGAGUCAUGCUGCUGGGGCAGGGCAUCCAGCUCCCAGCCUGGGAGUGCCGAGAGCCAAGUCCACUGCAGAGCAGGGGUGAUAGUCAGGGUCCCACCUCCUCUAUCUAUCGGCAAUCCAGUGGCGAUCUAGGAUAAAAUCUUGAGAGUCCCACACACACGGUCAUCCCACAACACACCUCACAGGCCAGGCAGGAACACACAGGCCCCGUCCCUUCCUCCCAGGUACCAGGGUAGCUGCUAGUGUGUGACUGAAGGCAGGGUCACUGGCCCCCACUGAGGCACUACCACCGGCCAGCAGGCUUACACACCUUGGCCUGUUGCUUCUAUGGGUCACCUGUGCUAUUCAGCCAAGGGGACCACAGUCCCUACUGGCUCAGCUGAGCUCCACCUAGGGAGCCCACCCACCUCCCUCUUGCUGCUGGGAAAAGCAGAAGAGCCCAUCUCCCUCUUCUGCUUUUCCCAGCAGGAAGGGCUCAGCCUCACCUAUGUGACCUGCAGACCCUGCAACCAGCUGAGGCUCCCUUCUUAGACUUAUAAGUCUAUGGCCAGUGGCAUAUGCCCUUCCUGCCUCUCCCAGCAUCCUUUCAGAGGGUCCUGGGCUUUCUGACCGCCCAGAGGGGCCUCUGGCACUCACUCCAGCCAUCCAUCCCAGGUGAACCUAAAAGGUUCACCAUCCUGGGUCAAGCAGUGUUCCUUCUCUAUCAGACCUGGCGGCUGUCGUGUGGGCCUCUCCAAGGCAAGAGGUGGCCCUGAGCCAGUGGGUUGGAAGAGAGGGUGACUAGAGAAGAGGGAAGCCUGAGGGGGCUGAGCAUUGGUCUGAACUGUGGGUACACUGCCUGGGUGCCAUGCGAGAGGCCAGUGUGUGUGGGCUGGGGAGGGCCACCGCAGUCCCUAGGCACUGCCUGUGAAGCUCCAGUUCCAACCUCCAUCUUCCUCCCCUUUCCUUUCCAGCCCCUCUUUUCCAGGAACCUUGCCACACCUGCACCUGCACCCUCCCCUCCGCGGCCCUCCCACAGCUGCCCCAGCACGCCCGUGCUCUGUGCUUGCCUCACCAGCUCUCUGCUCACUUUUCUCUCUCCUGUUUUCUCUCUGCUUCUCUCCAACUGCCAGCUGAUCGGGUCAGGAAGUUCAUCCGGACCUGAGAGCCCCAGCCCCACUUUGACCUUUAAACAGAUCCUCCUCUUCUCUGAGGCCUCCCUUUCCAAGCCUGCCUGGGCAAGUGUCCUGUGACUUGAUAGUGGCUCCCCAGCCCAAAACCAGCCCCCUUCAUCUGUGACUUAGUCUGUUGUAGUGCUGAGCUGACACAUCCAGGUGUGACUGUUGCUGAAAACUUGUGCCCCUCUGUAGUAUGCCCUGCCCUGUUCUAUAAAUAUCUAUAAAUACUGAUACAUAUAUACACACACACACACAUAUAUAUACACACACACACCUACACAUGGCCGACUGCCUUGCCUCUAGCGCUGGGAAUCCGUCACCGUGCUGUCCUUGUGGAGUCUUGUGGCCCAAGAAGAGAAAGCUCUCCCCUGACAUUGCCCCUCCAAACUGCGCCACCUCCAGUGAGCCUCCCUGUCAUGCCCGGCCUGUGGACAGCCAGCCUCCGCCAUCCCUCCCACCCCCACCAAGCAUGGGGUUGCUGUGCAGGCAGCCAUGUGGCCUCUCUACCAGUCUUGCUGUCCCUCGGCUGAGAAUCAAACCCAUUUCUGGAUGGCGGGGAAUGUGUCCUCUGCUGGCUGUGUUCUCUGUGGAGCUCAGGGGAGGGAAAAGGCCAAGCCAUUUCUAGGGUGCUGUUGGGAGUGGUGAAAAGGCCACACCCUUUCCAAGGGACACUUUUCCUGGAAAGUCUGGAGUUUAGCUGUCUCUUAUCCUGGGAAGACGGCUCUGGCCACUAGGGUGCAGGGCCAUGAACUCAGCCUGGAGGGAGCCUGCAGGGCAACCGGCACUCUGAGGGAACAGACAGAACAGGCCACCAGGUGCAGACAGGAGAGGGAGGCAGGGGGACAGAAGGGAAGUUGCCUGGGGUGGAUGGAAGUCAGUGCCCUUGGGUGCUGGUAUCUGCCUUCCCAGCCACUGCUAGAUCAGGCUUCUGAGCCUGUUGGCUGUCAGGGCUGGACUGUGCCCCAUAGGUGCCAUGGCAGUCCCCGUGAAAUCCACCAGGUGUCACCAGGCAGCAUACAGGUAACAGGCCUGGAAGGUCCCCAACAGCCCAGCUGGACAUGCUCAGACACUCUGGGCUCCUCGUUCAGUGGCACAGACUCCAGGACCCAGUGAGGGAAACGGGAACACACCAGGUUGAGCAGUAUGGCUAGAUCCAUUUACUCCAGAAUGAAAAGCAAAAUAAACGGGAGUCACAUUACCAGGGAGCCACAACCUCAUCCCCACCUCCUUUCUCUGUCCUAUGCUAUCAAUAAGUUUCCCAGAUGCAAAUAAUGAUUAGAACCUCCUCCCCAUAUGCCAGUUCCAACCUCCGCUAGGUAUAAUACAGGGGGCGGCCCUACUCCCAGAAUAUACAAAAUGUUACACAGAUACUAUAUGUACACUGGGGAAGGGAGGCCACCCCAGCAGCCCAUGCCCUCGCCUGCUCUACACUUAGCCCCACUGUCCUGCCUCAGCUGCCUCUCUGAAUAAGACAGGAGCCCCCUGAGGGAAAAGUUGCUUUGGUGAGAGUAGGGAGGCCUUCAGGCCUCCUCCAAACAAACCAACUCCACCAGCCUCUGGCUCUUAAAUAGCAAACAUCACCAUCCAGAAAUUUAAGGACUCGGCCCUGGUCAAGGUGGUAAAGGGUCUGUUUUUUACCCCCACCCCCAUUAGACAGGGGUCUUGUCUUGCUACCCUAAUGGUAAAGGGGUGACUGGGAAGGGGUGAUAGGAAUAUGAUGGGGGUGGAGACUCCAGCCCCACUUCUCCAGGCUUAUGCUGACAGGGGCCUGCUUUUAUUUGUUUUUGUUUUUAUCCCAUGACUUAUUUUUUUAAUCCUGUAACUUCUUGUUCAUAAUAAUUUUUUUAAACUUUUCAUGAAACAUUAUUCUACUUUUUUUCACAACUUUUCCACAUUUUUUAUCCCAUAACUUUUUCAUCCACAACUUUUUUAUCCCAUAACUUUAGUUUGUGUUCUUUCAAUAAACACACUUGCAUAGUUACAAUUUUGUAAAAAUAAAAACCGACGAUCUCAUGCCAAGCGUGCCCAGCAUUUGCACAGUCUCAAUACCUUUAACGGCAUAAUUUCCAAGACACACAAAAUUUUAAGGCAAAAACAGCCCCUUGUAACAAUUUCCUACUUCAUUACAUUACAGUAGCAUCACAGUAGCAGUCAAUAAUGGCACUUUAGACAACAGUCUUUCAGUAUUUCCAUUAUACAUUCUGUUGACAGGAAUUCAGAAAUUGGUAAAAGUCAUUCUAAGAAAACUCGGCAAAUAAAGCUUUGCAUUGGAAUUGGCAUUUCUUUCUCUACUUUUCCUUCCCCCAGUUUCAUUCUUUUAAACUACAGUAUUCAUGUUUUAAAAUGUUUUAACUUAUUUCAGAACAUUAACAUAGCAGUUACAUUUUUGAAUAGUUUUAGUCUUUUAAAGUGACUCUUUAAGAUAAAGUUUUAGAGAAACUAUAUUAUGGAUAGGGCUGACUUACAUUUUCACAUCUUCUAAAUAUCAGCUUUGCUUUUAGAACUGAUUUUUUUUUUCAUUUCUGGAAAACCUAUCAGGUUUAAUUAAAUACUUUAAAAAUGGU